AUGGAUCAUAAUCAUAAUAACCUGAUGCCAGAACCAAUAUUAAACGCUCAAAGCACAAUGUUCCAAAGGAAAAUACCUUCUUUUGGUAUCGAGGUGAAUUCAAAGAUUAUUGAACCAGCUCAAGUGACCACUAGAGCAGAUGCUUUGAAAAUCAAUACCUCUCUCAAGACAACCAGUAAGAAUUCAAAACUUGCUGGAUCAUCUAUCAUUGAAGAGGGCCAGAUUGUUAUUCUGGGUGAUGCUUCCGUAUCAAUGAAAGGAUCUCCUUUCAAAACUUUAAUUGAUUGUUUUAAUAAUUUUGUUCAAUCCAAGGCGUUUAAUACUGGAGAUCUAAAAAUUUCCAUUGCCUUAUGGGGAUCUACAACUGAGUGGUUUAAACACGGAGACACAAUUGAACCUACUGAUUUGGAUGCUCUAAACCAAUUUCUUAAUGUGUGGUCAGUUCCAUUAUUGGGUAAUACUUUGCUUAAACAAGCCCUAAACCAAACUUUUAGGAAAUUUCCAAAGAUUGAAAAUAUUUUGAUUAUGUGUGAUGGUCAUAUUCAGGAUAUCAGCUCUGUUGAUGCCUUUAAAUCUAUUAGAGAUGCAUUCCAUUUUACUGGAAUUGGGUCAGGUUCUGCACCUAACAUGCAAGAAAUGGCACAAUAUGGAAAUGGAAUCUAUGAAUUUAGUGACAUUAAUAAUAAUAAGAAAUAA